AUCGCGUUUUUGUGCCAGGAGUCCUCAUACGAAUCCUAACCCAGUUUCGGUUAUGAAUAAUUCGUUCCUGGCUGCUAGUAAAAGUAAUAUAAUUGCUGAUUGAAACUACGAUUAAAAUUACCGUGGCUAACCUCUUCAGACACGAGUGAAAUGCACUCAACCGUCACUGUUUAUGUCGGCAGAACGAUUCUCGGGAUGAGAUUAAUCGGUACUUUUCGUGACCAAUGCAUGAUAAUGAUCUUGCAGAGUUCAAUGAUCCUGAGUUUUUACACCAUGCGGAUCACCAGGAUAGCGAUAUUCUUCCUCUGCGCAGGACUCGUAUCCUGCGAAGAAGAUACCGAAGGCGAUGCUGCGGCCGCAUUGGUCGAAGCUGCUCGGGCUCUUUUUAACGACAAGGAAACUGUCGGAGGACUUCAAGGCAUGGCAAGUGCUUUCAUGCAAUCCGGUGCCGGAAAGCAGGUGAACGAGAUGCUGGCAGGUGGAAACGGAAACGGAGCCGGUCAAAUUUUGUCCGGUAUCGGAAGUCUUCUAGCCGGUGCCGGUGGCCAGGGUGGAGGUAAUCCAUUGGUCAACAGCGUGCUCGAGAGUUUCAUGCAAAGUGGUAAAGGAGCAUCGAGGAGCAGACGAGAAUCCGAAAGCGAGGGAAACGGGGGCUUCGACUUUGAGACCAUGGUCAACAUAGCCAGCAUGUUCAUGGGAGACAAUCCCGGCGCCAACGCCGAGGGUAUCAUGGGAUUCCUACCCAUGCUGCUCCAGAACUUUGGAGGCGAUGGUUCCGCCGGAGGCAGCAGCGGUGUCAAGAAGCACGACCAUUCCGGACACUCCUGGUUCCUGCCUCCGAUCUUAGAGAACGCUCACAUCAUGUGGGAACACUUUAGUAACUCGGAGCUUGGACAAACUCUGUGGAAAAACAGCGGGCUGGCUAAUAUCGUUGGUACAAUGACCAACCAGGACGGUAGUCUGCAGUACGAGAAAAUAUUCCAGAGCUUCGAGAAUCCAAGUCUUCGACGUCGGUGGGUCAGGAGCUUGACGAACUACGUUGCUGAUUGGAUUUCCCACGUUUCAGACCCCGCCACGCGACAGCGGUAUCUCACGACCGUUCAGUACGUUGGAAACGGGUUCCUAAAGUCCCAAGGAUACCCAAAGUCCGCUAUGUUCGAUCCUGCCAAGCCAGCGGAGAGUCUGUCCAGGCUUACCGACGCGACGGCCAAACGGUUCCUCAACAUGAAGAUAGACAGUCAAAAGUACGUCAGGCCGGCUUUGGCCUACGUUCAGGAACUGACCAGUCUGGCUUCGCAGAAGGGAUUCAUCGUCUCUCACAUAAACGCCAACGAGCUCAGCAACAAGCUCAGUAACACCAUGAACAACGAUUUCAUCGAGCCCUUGCUAAAGGUAUACCGAGCCUACAAGUGGGGCACGAAAAGACCAGAGUGUGCAGCCCACAUUCUCUGCGUCAUCAACGAAAAGGACAAGGAACCGUCACCGACGCUUCGUCAAGGACUAACAAGGUUCGCGAGUUACCCGGCCGCUUGGUUCCUCAGCAACAGAAUAGGCCAAAAUUUCUGGACUCUUUACGCGGCGGUCAGCGAAAGCGAACGUUGCUUUGCCAAGCACCCGGUCGACUGCAGCGAUUUUCACGAAGAAGAAGUCAGGGUGACAACCGAGGCGAUACACAGUGAACUUUAAUUAAGCACGAGCUUGUAUGUUUUUACGAAUCACGAGUUUUCUGGUGAUAAAAGACUUUGACAGUGUCAUUAUCGAUGAUUCAUAUAAGACGUACGUCCGUUUGUUCGUUCGCCUAUUAACUUAUCAUCUUCGUAUCAGGAGUCUUGAUGCUCGGCCGUACUUAAGCUGCGGGUUGAACAGCAUGAACGAAAUCCGCGAUAUGAAAAACGUCGCGUAUACGAUGUUGUAGUAUUAUGUUGAUAAAUUAACGAUCAGAGGCAUUUCUUUCUGUUUCUUUUGUUUUUAUGUAUACUUUUAAGAAUUUUUAAUUCUAUCGUUAUCAUUAUUAUUAUAUAUGUACGUAUGUUUUCUCUACAUAUAGCGCAUUAUUAUCACUAAUUUGAUAUAGUUUAUAUCAAUCUCUACCAUCUUGUAUUGUAUAUUUAACUAUUUAAGUUGUGCAAUAUAACGAUCAAUAGGUGCUCUA